AUGGACUCGGAGCACUGGAUCUCGCGCCUGGCCGCCGCGAAGCGCUUCUACGCGGCGCAGCUCGGCCACAGCGAUCGGGCGGGGAUGGAGGAGCUGGACAUGGACGAGGAGGUCAGGCCCGAGUUCGCCUGCCCCUACUGCUACGAGGACCACGACGUCGGAUCCCUCUGCGCGCACCUCGAGGAGGAGCACCCGUUCGAACCCCAAGCCGCGGCUUGCCCUGUUUGCUCUGAGAUGGUUACGAAGGAUAUGGUUAACCAUAUUACUAUGCAACAUGGAUAUUUAUUCAAGAAUCGUCGCCGGUUGCGCAGAUUCAUUAUUCCAGGCAGCCAAGCCCUUUCUUUACUGAGCCGAGAUCUACGGGAAGCCCAUUUGCAGGUGCUUCUAGGAGGCGGACAUAGGUCAAGCAACAAUAACAGCACCACAAAUAUUUCAGCUGAUCCUCUCCUGUCAUCAUUCGGCCUUAGCUUCCCUACAUCAGAUGCAGAGCAAACAUCCAAAUCGACUAUUUCCAUUCCUGAUGAUGCUACGAUGGUAAAAGAAACACCUACUCAGGCACGGAAGUUAAGGUUACUUUCUGGACUAGUUCAGAGUCUAGCUGAAUGGUCUUGUGUGACAGGGAAAUCUUAUGUGGCCAUGCAAAUCUGA